GCUUCCUGUCUCUACGUCUAAGCGAGUCUCUGCAGAAGUAACAGGCACUCUCCCAGCAGACUCCCUGGGGGACACAUCUGUAAGAGAAGCAGAGGGGAAGAGAGACCCAGGCCCAGAGGCCCUGCCUGUUCUGCGGGGGAAGGCUCAGGUCCCUGCCUGCCUCGGCAAAACCACAAUGGACCCAGGAACCUCUCUGAGGCACCUGUUCCUGGUGCUGCAACUGGCGAUGCUCGCAGCCGCAUUGGGCACUCAGGAAAAAUAUCUGGUGCUGGGUAAGGCAGGAGAUCUCGCAGAGCUGCCGUGCAACUCUUCCCAGAAGAGGAACCUACCUUUCAGUUGGAAAAAUUCUGACCAGACCAAGAUUCUGGGGAGUCACGGCAACUUCUGGCACAAAGCCUCAGGUACCAAGCUGAGCUCUCGCCUCGAAUCAAAAAAAAACGAGUGGGACUAUGGAUCCUUUCCCCUGAUCAUCAAGAGUCUUGAAGUAACCGACUCCGGGAUUUACAUCUGUGAAGUGGGAGACAAGAGGACAGAGGUGCAAUUGCUGGUGUUCAGACUGACUGCCAGUGUCACCCGCGUGCUGCUGGGGCAGAGCCUGACCCUGACGCUGGAGGGCCCCUCUGGGAGUCACCCUACAGUGCAAUGGAAAGGUCCAGGGAAUAAAAGCAAGAAUGACGUCAAGAGCCUGUUGCUGCCCCAGGUGGGGUUGGAGGACAGUGGCCUCUGGACAUGCACUGUCUCCCAGGACCAGAAGACACUGGUGUUCAGCAGUAACAUCUUCGUGCUGGCCUUCCAGAAGGUUCCUACCACAGUCUAUGUGAAGGAAGGGGACCAGGUGGUGCUCUCCUUCCCACUCACCUUCGAAGCCGAGAGCCUGAGCGGGGAGCUGAUGUGGCGGCAGACGAAGGGGGCUUCCUCCCCCCAGUCCUGGAUCACCUUCUCCCUGAAGGACAGGAAGGUGACUGUGCAAAAGUCUCUCCAGAACCUCAAGCUCCGGAUGGCAGAGAAGCUCCCGCUCCGGAUCACUCUGCUCCAGGCUUUGCCUCAGUGUGCGGGUUCUGGAAACCUGACCUUGGUUCUCCCCGAGGGGAGGCUGCACAGGGAAGUGAACCUCGUGGUGAUGAGAGUGACUCAGUCUAAGAACGAAGUGACCUGUGAGGUGCUGGGACCCACCCCCCCGAAGGUGGUGUUGAGCUUGAAGCUGGGGAACCAGAGUAUGAAAGUCUCAGAUCAGCGGAAGCUGGUGACGGUGCUGGACCCUGAGGCAGGGAUGUGGCGGUGUCUACUGAGGGACAAAGACAAAGUCCUGCUGGAAUCCCAGGUCGAGGUUCUGCCCACAGCAUUCACUCAGGCCUGGCCGAAGCUCCUGGCCUUUGUGAUAGGGGGGAUCAUAGGCCUUCUGUUUCUCGCUGGGUUCUGCAUCGUCUGUGUUAAAUGCUGGCACCGCAGGCGCCGGGCGGAGCGAAUGUCUCAGAUCAAGAGACUCCUUAGUGAGAAGAAGACCUGCCAAUGCGCCCACCGGCAACAGAAGAACUAUUCCCUCACCUGAGGCCCUGCCAGGAGGCACUGCCCACCUGCUGUCUCCCCCCACCCCCUGCCCACCACGCAUCUCCUGCUGGGCUCCUGGGCCUGCAGACCAGAAGAAUGUAGCUGACCCAGCGCCUCUGGCUGCCUCCUGCCCCCUCAUUCAGUGGGCCUUGCUUCUGCUUUUCCAGAGGCUCACUCACACCCUUUCUUCCUCUUUCCCUUUUCCCUCAAGCCCUGGUCCUUCCAUGGUCUCUUCUCCACUCUCUCCCUCCCUGCUCUCUGGGGUCCCAGGGGAGCGCGUGGGACUGGACCUGCCUGGCUGAGUAUCUGAAGCAUGAAGCUCAGGGCAGUCAUGGUACAGGAGAGAACCCUGGGACCCGAGAGGGCAGGGACUAGCCCAAGAUCACACAGCCAGUCAGGGACAGAUCCAGAUCCAAAGGCUUCUGACUGCCAGACGGUGCUGCUCCAGUCUGCCUGCAUCGCCCCCUGCACUGACGGAGCCACAGACUCACAUCCUGACCUGCGCACCAAGCAGGCACCCUAGACACACUGUGCACAGACCCAAGUCCUUAUCACCCAAGCAGCUCAGCUCGGUUUACAAACCCAUCUCACAUUCUCUAUUUGACCCACAUAAAAAUCCUACAAGGCUGAUAGUGAUGGGAUCAAAAUUAGCAUCUCUAUUUUAUAGAGAUGCAAAUGGAACUCAGAGAGGUUCAAAUGAUUGCCCAAGUUCACCAGCGAGUGCGUGGACUGGCCCAGGCCUCCUGACCGCUAGUUCCACUGCUGUCUCUUGAACACAGGGACAAAUACCACACAGAUCUCUGCAGCUGGCUAGUCACAGAUGCCUGGUACAUAUUUUGGAUUCACAGGAGCCUUCCGCCACAGGGAGGUCGCCUCAAAGGGUUCAGGAACAUGCAGGAGGGCCUCUCUGGCUGGAAUCCCUCCUUCAUCACCUGCUGGCAGCAGAAUCCUGUUACCAGAGAACAAAACCUUCAGUUCUCCGAAUCAGGGCACAGGCCCUGUGGGAGAGAGUGUCCAGUGACCUGCCACUCACCCUGUGCAGAACCUUCUGGAAGGUGAGCUUUGCCAGGGGAAGUGGGUGGGGAGCUGGCCAGAGAGGGAACCCUCCGAGGGGACCUCCUGCGAAAGUUGAUAGUCCCCGGACCCCAAUCCCCCUGCCCCACCCUCAAAUGAUUCAGGAUCCAAGAAAGUUGGGGUUACCAGCUUUGUCUUCUCCCCUUUUCUUGAUCCAUGUCUCUCAGGUUCCGCAGCCUCCUCUGCCUCUCUCUCCUCCCUUCCCUUUCUCACCACCUCCUGCAGUCCCUACACCUUUUCCCUUGUCCCUUCCUUCCAGCUUGCCUCUUCCAGGAAGAACACCCAGCUGCCACCAGGGCUCCUCCCGGCUUGCUUGGUGUUCCUGCCCCCUCCCCACCCCUGCCUCCCUGAGCUGACAGGAAAAUACAACAGACUCACUAUAAAGAA